UUCUGCUGCCUUUACAGAUACUUGAUACAAAAGUUCAACGGCAUUCGGUAGAGUAAAUACAAAAAAGAAAAAAACAAAACAAAGCAAAUUAAUUAGUUUGUUUAUUUGGCACAUUCGUUGCUCCGCAAAUACGAGUACGAGAAUACAAGUCGCGUGUGAUCGGAACGAUACGACAAAUAGUGAACGAUAGGCCACAGAAUAUUUGCUACACAGAGAAAUAUCCAUCAGAAGUACAGCAGAUCAGCGGAUCGGCGACAAAAUGAAUGACCGUGAAUUGAGCUGCAAUGCGGGCGGGCAGUUUAUGGAUCGCGGACGAAUGAAUCAGAAUGGCGUUGUCCAGCCAUUGCUAACCGAUUUAUAUCAAAUCACAAUGGCAUAUGCAUAUUGGAAAUCGGAUAAGACCGACGAUCAGGCGGUAUUCGAUCUAUUCUUUCGCAACAAUCCAUUCCACGGUGAAUUCACCAUAUUCGCUGGCCUCGAGGAGUGCCUCAAAUUCCUGGAUAGCUUCCACUAUUCCCAAAGCGAUAUUGAAUACCUGAAGCAAACACUGCCCGAGGGCAUUGAGAAUGAGUUUUUCGAGUACUUGGGCAAUCUAACGGCGCGAGAGGUCACCUUGUAUGCCAUUGAUGAGGGCACUGUGGCAUUUCCACGUGUGCCCAUCAUUAAGAUUGAGGGACCCCUGAUUAUUGUACAGCUACUGGAGACCACACUCCUAACGCUAGUCAACUAUGCUAGUUUAAUGGCAACGAAUGCAGCUAGAUAUCGCAUGGUAGCUGGCAAACAUGUCAAACUAUUGGAAUUUGGACUGCGUCGUGCCCAGGGACCAGAUGGUGGCCUAUCCGCAUCGAAAUAUUCCUACACAGGUGGCUUUGAUGGCACCUCCAAUGUGCUGGCCGGCAAACUGUUCAACAUACCCGUCAAGGGCACCCAUGCCCAUGCAUAUAUCACCAGUUUCAGCAGCAUUGGCGAGCUCAAGACGCGUCUGCUCAAGCACAAGCAAACGGGUGUCAUGGAGGAUCUGUUGGAGCAUGCGAUCAGGCAUCGUGGCAUGUUGUCGCAUGUCUUGGAUGUCUCCACGGAGGAGUCGAGCGAGGGUGAACUGGCGGCCAUGGUCUCAUAUGCCAUUGCAUUUCCGGAUGGAUUUAUGGCACUUGUCGAUACGUACGAUGUUAAGAGCCGAGAAACAGAACAACUUACACAAGAUCUUCUAUCGAGUGCCCAAAAUGAUAGCAAAUCAAAAGACAGCAGCAGUCCGUCAAAGCCGCAGAGCAGCACUGUAAAUGGCCAAAGGCCGAAACUAUUAACGAAUGGCAAGAGCGGCGGCCAAACAGCAGCCAACAAUGGACACAAGACACAGAAUCAACCAAACAACAAUGGCCAUCAGAAUGGUAUUGCUUCUGCACAGAGUAAUGGUGGUGGUGUUGGUAGUAUAUCGCCAGAUACAAUAAACGAUACGAAUCUCAGCACAACAACAACAACAACAAAAACAACAGCAACAGCUGAAACAAGAACAACAACAUCUUUGACAGCAAAAGCAACAACAGCAACAACGUUAGCACGAACAACGUCCAAUGGGACGGCAUACCUACCAAAAUAUGUCGAGAAGUCAUUCAGGAGCGGGCUGCUGAAUUUUAGUGCCGUGGCAUUGGCCCUCAACGAUUUGGGCUAUCAUGCACUGGGCAUUCGCAUCGAUUCGGGCGACUUGGCCUAUCUCAGCUGUUUGGCGCGCGAGGCCUUCGAGAAGGUGGCGGAGCGCUUCAAGGUGCCAUGGUUCAAUAAGCUGACAAUUGUGGCCUCGAAUGACAUCAACGAGGACACCAUACUGAGCCUGAACGAGCAGGGACAUAAGAUUGAUUGCUUUGGCAUAGGCACACAUUUGGUGACCUGUCAGCGUCAGCCCGCCUUGGGCUGUGUCUACAAGCUGGUGGAGAUCAAUGGCCAGCCGCGCAUCAAGCUGAGUCAGGAUGUGGAGAAGGUCACCAUGCCGGGCAAUAAGAAUGCCUAUCGCCUGUACAGUGCCGACGGACACGCACUCAUCGAUCUGCUGCAGAAGGUGUCGGAAGCGCCGCCAGCUGUCGGCCAGAAGGUGUUGUGUCGCCAUCCGUUCCAGGAGUCGAAGCGCGCCUAUGUCAUACCCUCGCACGUGGAGUCGCUGUUCAAAGUGUACUGGAAGUCGGGCAAGAUAUGCCAGCAGCUGCCGACCCUCGAGCAGGUGCGCGAGAAGGUGCAAAUCUCAUUGAAGACGCUGCGGAAUGAUCACAAGCGCACACUCAAUCCAACGCCCUAUAAGGUUUCGGUCAGCGAUAAUCUGUACAAUUUCAUUCACGAUCUGUGGCUGCAGAAUGCGCCCAUUGGCGAGCUCUCAUGAUCUAUAUAAGGAUAAGGGGGAGCCCCCACGACCCCGCUCGCGCAGAGAAAACAUUUCCGAAACAAAACAAAACAAACAAACAAAACACGUACUUUUAUUUGAUGUAGAAUGUUUUUUCAUCAUGCAAUCAAAUGUUUUUGAUGAUGAUUUUUAGUCAUUUGCUGGUCAUAUGAAUUAUAGAAUUUUGUUAGAAUAGAAUUAUUGGAUUCUAUUUUUUUUUUUUUAACUUUAUCCUCCUGCUCCUCAUCAAGCGUUGGAGCAAAUAAUUCCGUAACGAAUUUUCGCGUUUAUUUCAAUUGAUUUGUGGUGUAGUCGAAUAGUCGAAUUUUAAUUUGUUUAAAAAUUAAAUAAUGCUAAACUAAUCGUAACUAUCGUAUGUAUGUAACGCACAUUAUAUUCAGGAAUGUGUCCAGGUGCCUUAUAAAAGAAAAUAAAUAAAAUAACCAAACAAAACAAAAGAAAA